CACUAAGCGAUACAACCAUCCGAAACCAAGGGCCUCUCUCCUUCUCUCUCUCUCUUUCUCUCUCUCUGUGCAAGCACUUCCUAUUGACGCCAAAGUUCCGAAUAUAAAACGUAACCUUCACACAAGGAACUUGAAUCUCCCGUUCAAGAGCCACACCCCACUUUCCUUAUUUUUUCUCCGCAAGGAUUUGUGGCCAUUGGAGAAGCCGUCAUGUGCAGGAUUCACCCUGACGAGGACCGGUGCGAAUACCGGCUGCGCCGGGAGAGGAAUGGAGACUCCGGCGGUGACGCCAUUAGCCCGUCGAAGCUCACCGUGUGGAAGAAGUCGAGCAUGAGCUUCCAAGGGACCGACGGGUUCACGGUAUUCGAUCAGCGCGGGAGGCUCGUCUUCCGGGUCGAUAACUACUCGAGGAAAGGUCAGUGCGCGUACGGAGGAGGGGGGCUGGUGCUGAUGGAUGGAGUUGGAAAUGCCCUUCUAACUUUGAGACCUCAGGUUCUGAGCAUGCAAUGCCAGUGGCACGCCUAUAAGGGAGAGAACGACAAUGGAAAGAGAACUCCCAAUUUGAGAGUAUUUUCCAUGAGGAGGACUUCACUGCUCUUUCACAAGAACAGCAACAUUGAAGCCGAGGUGUUCUUGGGAGGGUGUGCGAAGCACGGUCAGGCGCCGGAUUUCGCAAUCGAAGGCUCGUUCACGAGGCGAAACUGCAUCAUCAGGAGCUCCGCGGGGGAGAUCACGGCGAAGAUAUCGAGGAAGAGAGCAAACACGGUGGUCCUGCUCGGGGACGACGUGUUCAGCUUGGUGGUGCAACCCGGGUUCGACCCGGAGCUCGCCAUGGCAUUUGUCGUGAUCUUGGAUCGGAUCUGUAGGAAACCCUACACGCCAGUUUUGUGUUCUUAGAUGACGACGGUGAAUGAAUACUCACAGAGCGAAGAGAGAGACGCACAUAGUAGUCAGCCACAUUCAUAGAUUUCUUAUUGUUCAAUCUUAUUUUGUUCGCAGAAGCCUUGUAUUGUAUAUUCCUGACAAGGUUUGAAACUGGAAAUGCCAUGGCUUUAACUUAAGGACGAACCUAAGUCACUUUCCAUAUAUGAAAUCAGCAUUUCUAUUUCAA